UUUUUUAUUUUCCUCUUUUCAAAUAAAGUCAUUUCUUCUCUUCUUUCUCCUCAUUAAAUUAAAAUCCUCCCCCCAAAAAAAUACAUUUCUUUCACUUCCUCAAUUUUCCACCAAACCCUAAAACCCCCUCUUCUCCCUUCAAAAUCCAUAUCUACUUUUAUAAAAAUCAAAAUUCUUUUGUUAUCUAUCUCCUAGCAUGAGUGCCAACCCUAGUACAAGCGGCGGCGGAGGGCCGGGAACUGCCAGUACCGGCGGGAGUGUCGGUGCCGGCGGAGGAGGUCCAUGUGGGGCUUGCAAGUUUUUGAGAAGAAAGUGUGUUCCCGGUUGCAUAUUUGCUCCUUAUUUUGACUCCGAGCAAGGGGCAGCUCAUUUCGCAGCUGUACACAAGGUGUUUGGAGCUAGCAACGUCUCCAAGCUCCUCCUUCAUAUUCCCGUCCACAAACGUCUGGAUGCCGUCGUCACUAUUUGUUACGAGGCUCAAGCCCGCCUCCGAGACCCCGUAUACGGUUGCGUUGCUCAUAUUUUCGCUCUUCAACAACAGGUGGUGAGUUUACAAGCCGAGCUGACGUACCUUCAAGCCCAUCUAGCAACACUAGAGCUCCCGUCGCCGCCGAACCCACCUCCGCCACCUCCCCCGCCAAGUUUUCCGGCGCAACCACCGCUUUCUAUCUCUGACCUGCCAUCGGCUUCCUCCCUGCCGGCCACUUAUGACUUGUCGUCGCUCUUCGACCCAAUGGCUCAGCCUGCAUGGGCCAUGCAACAGCAACGGCUCGACCACCGCCAGUUCGCCGGCGGAGGUGGCGGUUCAUCCACGGCGCCAGGAGAGGGUGAUCUUCAAGCCCUUGCCCGCGAACUCCUCCUUAGACACGGCGCUCCGCCGUGCUCCGACGCCUCGUCGCCGCAAUCGCUCUCGAAAUGAAACUUUUUUUUUUUAUAUAACUUAAAUUCUUGCCUCUUUGAUUCCUCUUUUGUCAAAAUUUUACUGGAAAAUUGAAGGGUGCUAGAAUUUGUUUUUUUUUUUUUUUACAAAGAAAAUUGAUUGGAGUUAAAAGGCAAGAAAAAGAAAGAAAUAUAUUUAAAAAAUGUUAAUCUUUCAUUAAUUUUUUAAACUAUAUUCUACAUGUUUAAAGUAAUUAGAAACAGAGAACACAGAUUAGUUGAAACUAAUUUUUUUUAUGAAACUAUUUUUUUCUAUUCAAAAUUUAAGAUUAGACUAUUGUUUUUGUUAUAUUUUCUCUCUUUUCUAAACAUGUUCUAUUUUCAAUCAUUGUUAGUUGGUUGGUGAGUCACCCAUUAAAAGUUUGUCUAAUAUAUAUUAUAUAUAUAUGAAAUGAUAAUGAUGAUUGUAUUACAA